GCCACCCAGUCUGGAUCCAUCUCGGGAUCCAUCCCCUCCUCCUCGAUUUCAGCCACCAGCCACCCAUCGCUCUCCACUGCUUCAUCCAUCGAUCCAAUCCAUCCACCCCACCCGGACGGACCAGCCACCUCCUCGUUUUGCAUCCCCGUCCAACCAAGCAGCAUAGCCCAUCGUGCGCCGCCUUCCUCGAGCAGGAGCUCGACCUGCUGCCGGCGAUCACCCCCGGCGUCAAGAAACAAGACCGCUACCCUGUUCCCCUUCCCCUUCCUUUCCCUCUCUAGUUUUCUCUCCUGCUACUCAUCCCUCUGCUCGUUUUCCUUUGGGCAGGGGACCUCCAUGGACGAACGCCAAGGCUGCUAAGAGGAUCCGGAUGCCGCCGGCUUGCCUCUGCUCCGCCUCCCCUCUCCAAAUUUGCUCCAUUCCCGGCGCCCUCCGUCUUGCUUGCCGCGGGAGCCCCAAGCAGAUGCCGUCCGGAGCCUUGCUGCCGCGCCUGGAUCCGCUCGUCUCCGUCGCCAGCGCCAAGUCCCGCCGCCAGCAGCGCCCCGGCCGUCCUCGUCCAUGCGCUCGAGACAUCGAGCGAGGACAUCGCUGAGUCCAUGGCCUCCUCCGAGCGCCGCCCCUUUGCGUUAUCCACCACGGCUGAGCCGUCCUUCGACCAGUGCCCCGAGCUCCACCUCAUCGCCUGAAGCCACUCCACCAAGGCCCCUGCCCUGCCUCUGCUUCUUUCGAAUCAGGGAGGAGGACGCCCCUACCUCGGCUCGCUCGGUUCGCCCGCGCGUUGACCGCGUCGUCGCCUGCGUCGCCCGUCAAGUUCCCCGCUUCGCCCCUGCAUUGAACCUGCCGCUGCAAGUCUCGCUGCGCCUGCAGCUGUUCCUAUUUCUUCAGAACCAAGCGAGCAGAACGCGCCCGCUGACCACGCCCGUCCCUGCCUCGAUCCAGUGGGAUCGGCAGGGGCGAUCCAUCCAGCGCCGCGAGUGGGGCGGCCUGCCAGCGCCCGAGGCCCAGAUGCGCGCCCUGCCGGCCUACCCCUCCUCCUCAAACGGGCCGAAGCCCAUGGUUUGCAGGUACUGAUGUUACCGUGCAGAUUACGCAACCAAGCUCAGGAGGAGCUCGAUGAAGAUCUUGUCCUUUGUGUUGUUCCGUUCUAGUUGAUCAGUAGUG